CGAUUUUACUGUGCUUCCUUCCUUCGCACCCCGCCUCGGCCGGCGUCGCCACGCGCACCCCGCCUCAUCCAUCCACCAAUCCACCGCCUUUCGCAGGAUUGCGCUUGCUACCCCGGGUCCCCACCACACGCACGCGAGCCCGCGGCCACCACCUCGAUGCCACUGACGGGCUGGAAUCCGCUGGCGCCCGUCCUCCAGACCGUCGCCGCUUUCUCCCGCCACAUCCUCAUCGCCCCCGACGCCGGGCUCGACGACCACCGCCUCCGCCCCCUUCUAGCGCUCUCCCUCUCCCCGCCUUCGCCGGCACCACCGCAACCGGAGGUCCGGAAGGAGAAGAAGGAUGCCAAGGAGGCGCCACUGACGAAGGAGGAGGUCGGCCGGGCCACGUGGAUGCUGCUUCACACCAUCGCAGCGCAGUUCCCUGACGAACCUACGAGGCAACAAAGACGGGAUGCAAAGGAGUUGAUGCAUAUAAUCUCGAGACUAUAUCCUUGCAAAGAAUGUGCUGAUCACUUCAAGGAAGUUUUGAAAGCAAAUCCUGUGCAGGCAGGAUCUCAGGCUGAUUUCUCCCAGUGGUUAUGUUAUGUCCAUAACGUGGUUAAUCGAAGAAUCAUAGGAAAAGUAAGGUCUCAGGGCCAAAAAGAGGAAAACUGAGGCACACCCUUUUACUCCUACAAUAAGGGCCUUGGGAAGCCAAUAUUUCCCUGCCAAAGAGUAACUGCACGUUGGGGUAAACUGGAUUGUCCUGAGCGCUCGUGUGAUCUAGAAGGCAGCAUCGACAUCAUGCCAAACCGAUGACAUGGCCAAGAAAUCGCUUGAACUUUCUACCCGUAGAUGAUUUCAUUUCAAUACCACUCAUUGAUGAGCACUUGAGCAAUACCAGGGAGAUAAGAAAGAGAAUUCAGGACUCCGUGCUGACAUAGCAGGGCGUCCAUAUGCUUCUGUAUCUUUGGCGUUGGACCGUUGUAGUAAAAGAUAUGAAUGUCUCGUGAUAUUUGUACUUGUCUAUGCCUAGUCUGAUGUCUGACGACUCUUCCAUAACCCAUACCAGUCCGUGCAGAUUUUCAUUUUUGUGCAACCGUCUUAUGUCUGAGCAGUUUUUUUAUAAUAUCACAGGAGUCAGAAGUGUACUCCCCUUUCGAGGGUAGGAAGAUGUGUCGUCCUUUCUAAUACUUAAAUUUCUGUAUCACA